AUGAUUGGGAGUGACUACGUGCUUGAAGCACACAACAUCUACCACACGACCGAGGUUGAUACUGGCGGUUGCUUUAAUGGCGGCGGACAGUCGGCUCUGGUGCUGAAAGGAGUCCACCUUACCGUGCACAGUGGCGAGGUAAUGGCCAUCCUCGGGUCGAAGGGCAGUGGAAAACGGGCCCUAUUAGACGUCAUCGCGCGCCGCUCGGAUGGCUCAUCGCGUGGCCAAGUGCUGCUGAAUGGAGCACCCCUCACAAAGUCCCUGUUCCAGCAGCGGUGCGGAUAUGUCACGCAUGCCUGUGACUUCAUUCCGGGCCUUACCGUCUCGCAGACGCUUCACUACACACCCACGAUUCUGGGCGGUUACUUGAAGAGCUCCAAAGUGCGCCAGGUGCUGGCCGAUCUUGCCCUCUCGCAGGUGUCCCAUAAGAAGGUGGAAAACCUGAACAUAAGCGAAAAGCGGCGUCUCGCGAUCGGCAUCCAGCUGGUGCGUGAUCCCGUCAUGCUGCUGCUGGAUGAACCGACCCAAGGGUUAGACCCACUCAGCGCUUACCUGCUGAUAAGCAUCCUUUCCAACUCAGCCAAGAAGACGGGCUGUGGAAUUUUGCUAUCGCUUGAGAAGCCUCGAUCGGAUGUGUUUCCUUUUCUGGACAGGGCACUGUUUCUGUGUCUGGGAGGUGCCGUGUAUUCUGGAGGAACCAGAGCGAUGUUGGAGUACUUUCACGGCAUCGGAUUUCCUUGUCCACAGCUGGAAAAUCCUCUAAUGUACUACCUAUGUCUGUCAACGGUGGACAGAAGGUCUCGUGACCGGUUCCUGGAAUCGAGCCAACAGAUCGAGGCUCUGGUAGAGCGAUUCGCGCGUGAAACGCCCAUCCCGGAGGCUCCGAUCAACCCUAUCGGUAGUGGAAAGAUUCCACUGGCUUAUGGCAAACCGGGCGAGCUAAAGGUCUGGGGCAUCCUGUAUCUACGCUUGCUAGCGGCCACCUUCUCGUGCGGAUACGCCGGAAUGAAAGCUAUGUUCUUACGUCUUCUUGCACUCCCAGUAACGAUGGGGUUGCUUUGGUUGUUCUACAGCCAGACUGGAGACGAUGCGCACGGAUUCUUCAGCAAGGGUGGCUUAAUCAUGAGCGUACUGGCGCUGAGUUAUGGUGUUGGAAUUUGGGCCACAAUCUCACUAUUUCCACCUUGGAGGAAACGUCUCUGUCAGGAGUAUGCCGAGGGAUUAUACACUGGCGCAACGAUGCUGAUCGCGUACAACACCGUCUCGAUACCGUUCUCUUUUAUCUCGUCCGCACUGGCCGCAUGUGUGCUCUAUCCGUUGGUCCUUGAUCCUUCCAAUCCAGAUGGCAUGACAUUCGCUUACCUGCUGGUGGCCCUCUGGACAAGCUUCGUCCUUGCUGAGCAGUUGUGCGUUAUGUUCCUGCUCGUGAUGAAGUCGCAGUUAAAUGCGGCCAUCGCCACGUCAUACAUACUGAUCAUCUGCCUUUCGUUGGCCAGCGGUACCAUCAGAUCUACCAAAGGAUUGCCCGGCUGGCUGCAGGAUAACGCCAAGGGAGUGCACACAAAGUACGCCAGCUCGCUGCUGCAUACGGCCACGUUCUUAGGUCGGAAAAUGAACUGCACACCGGCGAAUGGGAUCGUUUGUCCUCAGCCUGCUGACUUCCUGAUGGAGCGAUUGGGACGCGCAACUCCACAGGAAACGACCGAUAUUGCCGCCAGUAUUGCCUUCGCACUCGGGUUGUGCGCAUUCAACAUGAUCUUGUAUCUGCUGCCGAUGCCCCGUUUUGUGCGGCGAAAGUUUCGAGAUUGAAGCAUUCUUUUCUAAAUGGUAUUUUAUUUAACUUAAGGUUACUAUUUAC